UCCAGACGAGGAUGGCCUGUGGCUUGGAGGAGGAAGUGCAUGACGUCCUGGAGAGGAAAACGCGGCCGCGACUUGCUAUCACAGCAGCUUGAUCGAUGUAUUUCCCCCCUAUGUUGACCGCUACAAAAAUAUUGCAGAGUAUAAAAAGACCUGCAAAAGGCGAAAGGGGAGGGGGAAGAAAAUGCAAAACAAGGGAGCCAUUGCAAUUUGGAAAGAGAUACCCCAUUUUAUCCUUUUACUUGUCUUUUAUCUUUUUCUUUUUACUUCUUCUCGAACCUCUCUAUACUUCCUGGUUGUCCAUGUGUCCUGGCAUUUUGAUACCUGGAAGAGACUUUUUUAUUUUCAUUUUAUUGUCUCAUUUCUUGCUUUGUUUCUGCAUCUGGUAGAUUAGAUGAAUAAACAAGUUCAUCAAUUUGUCUCGAUCAAUCCUUUAUCCGAAUAUCUUCAUCUUCUCGUAUAUACUCCGCAGGUGUCUAGCCCACCAUUCUUGCCCAG